CGCUGGUUCGGGCGUGGCAGCCUUGUGCCGGAAGCUGUGCUGGUGGCGGCUGUUUUCCCGCCGUUUCUAGCGCCUCGUGAGAGAACCGAAUGGUCUGAGAGCUGAAGCGCGGGAUCCCGAGCUGAAUGGAUUGGUUUCAUUGCAACCAGUGUUUCCGAAAGGAUGGGGCCCAUUUCUUUGUCACCAGCUGUGGCCAUAUUUUCUGUAAAAAGUGUUUGACUCUGGAAAAAUGUGCUGUUUGUGGAAGUCGUUGCAAGCAUCUGGCUCUUUCUGAUAAUUUAAAGCCUCAAGAGAAGAAGUUCUUCAAAAGUCCUGUGGAGACAGCUCUGCAGUGCUUUAGUCACAUCUCUCAGGUAUGGCGUUUCCAGAAGAGACAAACAGAUCUUCUUAUCAAUUUUUAUAAGGAUAGAAUUACAAAAUUAGAAGCAGCUGUGAAGGAGGCCCAGCAAACAGUGAUUAGCCAGAACAAAGAGCUAUCAAUCUUGAGAAAGGAGAAUGGAGAACUGAAGAAAUUUCUAGCCAUCCUAAAGGGAUCUCCAAGCAGCUACUACGGAAGCAGAUUAACCACACCUCGACCAGUGGGCAUUACUUCCCCAUCACAAUCAGUUGCUCCACGACCCAGUUCCCAGCAUAGCAGCCAAGUGGUCAGUCGCUCUUCUUCUAUGGAGUCCAUCCCUUAUACAAUGGCUGGCUUUGGUAAUGUGGAACAGGGACACAGAGGCCUGCAGGAAAGGAUCAUUUCCAGAGACUCUUACACUGACAUUUUACCAACAGAGGCAGAUGGGAUUAGCCAGGAGAGAAGGAUGGAGCAUUUCCAGAUAGACAUCCCUUUUCCAGGUUUGAUUUAUGUAUGCAUACUACUCAAGGAUGGACUCCAGUGUCCUUACCCACUAGGGGAUAUAGGGUUUGAAAAUGUAUACUGUUGUUUCUUGGUUUCAUUCUGCAGCUUGUUCUCUUGCACUUUAUAUUUUUAUCUCCAAAAAAUUUUUUUAAAAUGUAAAUAGUGUGUGUGGAGGGGGGUAUAUCACUUGCAUAUGGGUGCUUGUAGUACACGUGCCCUUGGAGGCCAAAAGAGUGUGACAUCCCUAGAGCCAGAGUUUGUGAGCUCUCUGAUUAGACACUAGGGAACCUAGCUUGGGCCUUCUGACAAGCACAAAGCAUGCUUAACUGCUGAGCCAUCUCUCCAGGCCUUUUAAUUUUUUAUUAAUUUUGUGUAUGUACCUGUUGGGGUCAGAGGACAACUUGUGUCAGUUUUUUACACAUCUGUCCUGGGGACCCAGCUAGGUCACUGGGCUUGGCAGCAAGUGCCUUCACCCUCUACGGAUCUCAGUGAUCCUGUCUUAUAUCAAUGCACAAGAAAGCUUUUAGGUCUUAUACUGGGCUUCAGGAGAAUAAUUAUCUCUUCCCCAUAUGUACUGCCUUUCAUUUCCUAGUUUGAAACUAAAGUAGCAGAAAUUCUUGGCCUCAUGCUUGUGGAUAGAGAGGCUAGAUAAUAUACUUAUCCUGGUUCAUUUCUAAAUUUCACUUUCCUUUCCUGUUGCCAAUGUUAAUCAAUAGCAACUAUUCCUUGUCCUGAUUUAUAUUUAUUUUACCU